GAAUGGGCAGAUGUGUGAUAGUCAGGUGUCCACAUACUUUUGACAAUAUAGAGUAUAUCAACAUUUCCAGAUAUUUUAAACACAAAAACCAUGUACCAGUGAAGAUACUACACCAGUGACAAAGAAAGGAACAAUUCCAUCCAUCCAUCUUUUAUACCACUUAUCUUUUAGGGUCAUGGGGAACCUGACGCCAGGGAGCAUCGGGCAAAAGGCAGAGUACACCAUGGACAGGGUGCCAAUCCAUCACAGGGCAUGCUCACACAGACACUACAGACACUUUAGACAUGCCAAUCAGCCUACCAUGCAUGUCUUUGGACUGGGUGAGGAAACCUGAGGAAACCCCUGCAGCACUGGGAGAACAUGCAAACUCCACAAGCACAGGGCAGCACUGGGAAUCAGACCCCCAGCCAUGGAGGUGUGAGGCGAACUUGCUAACCACUAAACCACCGUGCACCCGAAAGGAACAAUUUAGUACUAUAUUCCUCAGAGUGUAUUAAGAAUUUUUGGAUGCAAUUUAGAGAUUAUGGCUUAUCAUUAAUUAAUAAAAUGUCAGUCACUGACUGAUGACAUCAUGAAUUUAAUCAAUAUUGUUUGUUUUUUCAUAACAACUUUAGUGAUGAUUAUGCCCUGACAUUAACUCGACAUAAAAUCACAGCAGCUGUCAAAAAUAGGUGUGACCCAAUUACUUUGCUAUUUUAAUCGGUAGUAAGUGAAAUGCGUUUUGGCCUAGAAUAAUGUAAUUAUGCGCGGACAUGAACUGGUUAUAGGGUGUUCUCAGGAUUAAUGCGGCGUGGCAGCUGCAACCUCUGUCAAAACAGGUAUUGUCGCUAUGACGUCAGCAAUCCAGGUAGUGCGCCGGGGCGUUCAAUCAGGUCCGCGGCGCGCGCACACCAAGCUCUUGGAGGAGAUUGUAGCAAGCAGCUCGAGCGCGCUAACCUGUCCCAUUUCCAGCAGGAUGACAACUAGGUGCAAGACUGAAGGAUGUCGUAUAUGCGGCAGCGAUCUACAGGGGAACCAACGCCGCUGGCUUUUUGCAGCACAUAAACGGAAAGGGGCCCAGAAUCAGAGUCCAACACGGUCACUUUGCAAAGAGUCUGCUUAUCUUCUGUCGCCAACCAGGUCUGCCCAGAGCAGCCCAUGGGGCAGUACAUUAUCUCUUGGCUCCUCAAAUUCAUUGUACAAGUCUCAUACCCUUUCCACCCCUAAUAAAGGAAUGGACCUGCUUGCUGUGCUGACACACAUAUUAGGGCAGUCUGUAACACGGGGGAACGGGAAAGGGGAGUUUGUAUGUGGCAAAUGUGUGUCUGUGCUCGAGCGAGUGUUUAAGUUUGACACAGUCAUAGCCAGAGUUCAAGUUUUAUCCAGGGAGAGGCUUCAGAAACUGACUCAGGAAAGGGACAGCUUAAGACGGUGGGUACGAAGUCUUUAUAGGCAGCACCACCCAUCUGACCUGAAGAGCAGAGGAAGCUCCAGUGAAGAAGAUGUAGAGCUGGGAGAAAGCAACUCGGGGAACGCUUACCGAGAGAUGCUGAGUGACAACAUGGCGCUCGCUGCGUAUGAAUGUUGGUCUGAGAAAACUGAGUCGUGUCCAUAUUUUAAGAGAACCGGUAAAAGAUGCAGCAAAUUGAAAAACUGCGAGUGCUGUGACUCCUUAAGGGUGUCCGAUUCUGAUUACGAAUUUGUUUGUGGAGUUCCUCGCAAUUUACCUGAGCAAGCCCCAUCUCCGUUUGGCUUAUCUAGGGACAAGUCCCAGAGCAUGCCUCUCCACUGGUCCAAAGCUCCAUUGCUCCGCUCUAGUCCCGCCUCCUUAGCUGGUUCCUGCCAUUCGCUAAAAGCACGAUCUCGUACAGCUUCAGCACAAUCGCUCGACUCUGUAGAUGGUCAUGAUCCGUUUGAUUGGCCAGAUGAGCAUUCAGUCAUUUUGGACUCCUUCCUCCAUAAGCUGAAAAGUAUAAAGGGAAAGCCAUUCAGGUCUCCAGCAGGAAGUCGCAUCCCAGUUUUAGUGAAGGGACCAAAUGACAGUGUGGCAGAUGGAUCACCUCCGAUCGGGGUUACACGAGUGCUGAAUUUUGGACAGGGAGGUGAACGAGUGGAGGAAGAUUUGAAUGAGGAGAGUGAGGACGUGCUGACUGAACUGAGGGAAGAAUUUCUGCCACUGCAUAGAGAGGUCAAUACAGCCAGAGUGCAUCUUGUAGUCAAGCAGUUACGAGAGCAGCUGGAUCAAGCACAAGCUCGUAUCAGGACGUUGGAGGCGGGGCUUCAGAACGGCACAAAUUCAGUCCCCAGUAAGACCCAUCAAUCAAAGCAGUCACUACCAGUGUAUCCGAACAGCAGCUCAGAGGAUGAGGGUGGACUGAUCCGGAAUCUUAGCCACUCACUGCAAAGCAGAGACAGAGUUAUUCAGGAAUGUGUGACUUUGAUCCGAAAGCUUUGUUUGGACCUUGGCUCAGGGAUAGAGGAGGCUGAUAAGCUCAUCAGCAGUGUAACUGUGACUCUGACUGAUACACACUCUGAGCGAGAGGGGGUCUUGGAAGCUGAGCUGACUGAACUGAAGGAGAGAGAAAUAAGCCUGCAGAAAGAGCUGGAGGCACUGCAGGAGGCAAGCAGAGGGCAGGAGAGAGAUCUCCUCACUGUCAACAGUGUACUCCAGAGUAACCAGGAUGUCAUCAAUCAUUUGCGAGUGGAACUGGCUGAGAAGACGCAGUCACUGAAGGACGUGCAGAAAGAGAGGGAGUUAUGGAAAGAGCAGGACUCCGCCCUGGAAAAGGUGUUGCAGGAAAAAGAAGCUCUCAUCGCUCGUCUGCAGCAGGCAAUAGAGAGCUCCCAAAAAGAUGUUCAGGCACUCUCUGAUUCUCUGAUUGGUCGGGGAUUGCCAGGAGGUGGAGCUGAGGGCACUUUGGCCAGUCAGGUGCGAGAGCAGGAGUCCCUGCUUUCAGACUGUCUCAAAGAUUGGGAAGUGCACACUGCCACCACGAGUCAGGAAGUCUCAAAACUCUAUACAGCUUUAGAAGAAGCUGAGGCUGUAAUACAGGACCAACGGCAAAGUCACAAACAAGCCAUCACAGAACUGUCCGAGCAGCUGAGAGACAGUCGCAAAGAGCUGAGGGAGAUGAUUAAAGACACCAAGCAGGCAGAACAUGCCUGGAAGACUGAAAGGGCAAAGAGAGAUUUAGAAGAAGUUCGAUUAAGAGAAUGUUUGCAGAAAAGGGAUAAACUCAUUGAGCAAGUACUCUUGGAUGCAGAGAAGCGAGAUGGCAUGCUAAUAGAAAUUCAUCAGGACAUCUUCAGUAAGGUUGAACCAAGAGUCGGCCUCAAACACACACUAUGAUUUUUGUGUGUGAGAAUGGCAGAUAUACACUGGACUACAUCUGUAUGGAUGGUGGAUAUGUACGGGGCUAUAUGACCAUAUCUUUUGUAAUAUCACUACCACAGAUUGCUAAGGCCCCUUAUUUAGUCUCAGUUUUCCAAAUGCCUUAUCUUCAGUACUGCUUUUCUUAGUUAUCACGGUUUUGUUUUUUUAAGUAAGGCCUUGCCUAUAACUCCAUUAUCUCCGUUCAGCUAAUUCAGCCUAUUGUAACAUAUUGACGUGGUGCAUUCCAAGACACGUAUGAUUGUUUUAAUUUAUUUCUCAGCAAAACAAUACUGUAUAAGGAAUUAAUUAUUCUUGAUUCCAUGCCAGCACUAAAGUGCACCUGCUAUUUUCCAAGAAUGUAUUGCUGUUUUUAUGUUUGGGAUUAAGUGAGUGGGAUUAUCUUCUUGUUUUUGCCUAUACACAAUCAAUUUCCUCCAGGCCUUGGAGAGAGAGAGAGAUUAUAUUCAUGCAUCAAUUUUUGCAAUUUGUUCUUUGCAAUUGAUGGUUUUUAUUCUCUAAUAUAAUAGUGCAAUGGGUUCUUUUGUUUAAACUUUUAAUUUUUUUUAAAAAGGAUUUUUUUUGUGUAUGUUUCUUUGAUUAUUUAUAAGGGAGUACAGCCAAGUGAAACUUGAUGAUCCCUUUUUUUUUUUUUUUUUUUUUUUUUUUUUUUUUUUUUU